AUGCUUCUCAGGACAGAUGACGCGCUCGCCCGGGCGGCGCAGCCAGCAGGCAGCGCUGUGCGGCCCCGCGCUCGCGUCCAAGCGUCAAACGCAUGCGGUCGAGCGCGCGUCCGGCCGGGGUCGUUCGAUCUGCCGCGAGCAAUCGGGCGUGAUCAGAGGCUAACAGUAUGUCGCGCGGCGGCCGGUGACGCGCCCCCCGCGUCACCUCCGGGCAAGGACGUGCGGAUAACAUCGUUCUCUACGUGGUGGCAGAAGACUCGCGCUCAGGUCAACCACCUGGAGCGGCUCACGACGGAGUUCCCCAACACGCAGCUCGUCGACGCGCGCCUCGACAUGAACACCGUCGCGCUCGCGGCCGGCUGCGAGGUGGUCAGCGCCUUCGUGUCAGACAACCUCUCCGCGCCCGUCAUCGAGGCUCUCGCGCAGGGCGGCACCAAGAUGGUCGCCAUGCGCUGCGCCGGCACCGACAACGUGGACUUCGCGGCGUGCGCGCAGCACGGCAUCCGCGUCACGCGCGUGCCGCACUACUCGCCCACGUCGGUCGCGGAGCAGGCCGUGGGGCUGGCAAUGGCCCUGAACAGGAAACUGCACCGCGCCUACUGCCGCACGCGCGAGGCGAACUUCUCGCUCGCGGGGCUCGUCGGGCAGGAGAUGUCGACGGCGACGGUCGGCGUGGUCGGCACGGGCGCGAUCGGGAGCGCCACGUGUCGCAUCAUGAAGUUGGGGUUCGGGUCGCGCGUGCUGGCGUUCGACAUGUUCCCGAGCGACAAGAUGAAGGCGAUCGGCGUGGAGUACGUGGACACGCUCGGCGAGAUGCUGGGCCAGUCGGACUUCGUGUUCCUCCACUGCCCGCUCACGCCUCAAACCAAGAACAUCAUCAACAAAGACGCGAUCGCGCAGAUGAAGGACGGCGUGACGCUCAUCAACAACUCCCGCGGCGGGCUGUUGGACACGACCGCGGCGAUCGAGGCGCUCGAGCGGGGCAAGAUCGGCGCGCUGGGGCUCGACGUGUACAUGAACGAGCAGGAGAUGUUCUUCACGGACUGGAGCGGGGGCGGCGCCGCGCUGCGGCUCAAGGCGUGGGACCGCAACCUCGCGCUGCUCCUGAGCCUGCCGAACGUGAUCGUCACGCCGCACUCGGGCUUCCUCACGCAGGAGGCGCUCAACGCGAUCGACACCGAGGUGACGCGCAGCGUGAUGGCGUUCGCCAGCGGGGCGGCCGAGCUGCCGAACGAGUGCAAGCCGAAGUAG